AGUCAGGGCCCCCCAGGCACGCUUCCCUGGAGGCCAGCACCAACAGGUUUCUCCAACCCAGCCCUGCCUGCCUGGACAGGGCCCUCGCUGCCUGUGGAUGAGCCACCGGACCUCCUCCGCCUUCAGAGCGGAGAGAAGCUUCCGUUCCUCAUCUUCUUCCUCCUCUUCUUCUUCUUCAGCCUCCCGUGCCCUUCCAGCCCAGGACCCACCCAUGGAAAAGACCUUGAGCAUGUUUUCUGAUGAUUUUGGCAGUUUCAUGCUGCCCCACUCGGAGCCCCUGGCCUUCCCAGCCCGCCCAGGGGGACAAGGCAGCAUUAAGACCCUCGGGGAUGCCUAUGAGUUCACGGUGGACAUGAGAGACUUCUCCCCUGAAGACAUCAUUGUCACCACCUCCAACAACCACAUCGAGGUGCGGGCUGAGAAGCUGGCAGCUGAUGGCACGGUCAUGAACACCUUUGCUCACAAGUGCCAGUUACCAGAGGAUGUGGACCCUACAUCGGUGACCUCAGCCCUGCGAGAUGAUGGCAGCCUCACCAUCCGAGCACGGCGUCACCCACACACAGAACAUGUCCAGCAGACCUUCCGGACAGAGAUAAAAAUCUGAGGGUCUCCCCACCCCUGCCUUUCCCCCACCUCCUCCCCAGCUGGUCUGCUGGUGAGGUCACCAUGACCCCUGACAAUGACCCCCCCAGAACAUCUCAGCCUAGGCCCCAACAAUCCACAUACUCUUAGGCCCCAGGUGGGUCAAACACCUCCCCUCCCCGC